AGGCCCCGGCAAUGGCAGCGGCUACCAUAGUGCACGACACGUCGGAGGCGGUGGAGCUCUGCCCGCCGUACGGCCUGUACCUGAAGCCCAUCACCAAGAUGACCAUCAGCGUGGCGCUCCCGCAGCUGAAGCAGCCCGGGAAGUCCAUCUCCAACUGGGAGGUGAUGGAGAGGCUGAAGGGCAUGGUGCACAGUCACCAGUUCUCCACGCUGCGCAUCUCCAAGAGCACCAUGGACUUCAUCCGCUUCGAGGGUGAGGUGGAGAACAAGAGCCUGGUCAAGUCCUUCCUGGCCUGCCUGGACGGCAAGACCAUCAAGCUCAGCGGCUUCUCCGACAUCCUCAAGGUGCGCGCCGCCGAGUUCAAGAUCGAUUUCCCCACCCGCCACGACUGGGACUCCUUCUUCCGCGACGCCAAGGACAUGAACGAGACGCUGCCGGGGGAGCGGCCAGACACCAUCCACCUGGAGGGCCUGCCCUGCAAGUGGUUCGCCCUCAAGGAGUCGGGCUCCGAGAAGCCCAGUGAGGAGGUUCUGGUCAAGGUGUUCGAGAAGUUCGGGGAGAUCCGCAACGUGGACAUCCCCAUGCUGGACCCCUACCGGGAGGAGAUGACUGGCCGCAACUUCCACACCUUCAGUUUCGGGGGACACUUGAACUUCGAGGCCUACGUGCAGUACCGCGAGUACGUGGGCUUCAUACAGGCCAUGAGCGCCCUGCGCGGGAUGAAGCUCAUGUACAAGGGUGAGGACGGCAAGGCCGUGGCCUGCAACAUCAAGGUUUCCUUCGACUCCACCAAACACCUGAGCGACGCCUCCAUUAAGAAACGGCAGCUCGAGAGGCAGAAGCUUCAGGAGCUGGAACAGCAGAGAGAAGAACAAAAGCGCCGAGAGAAGGAGGCCGAGGAGAGGCAGCGAGCGGAGGAACGCUCCGCGUUGUUCCCCGAGGAGGGGCGGCCGGCCGGCGCGUGCCGCCGGGCCGCGGCUGGGGCCGUGGCUGGGGUCGGGCAGCCCACGCAGCCGCGGGAGCCGCAGGGCGAGGCAGACGGCUGGCGCGGGAGCCCUCUCAGGAGGCGCCGGGGUUCUCGCCAGAGGCGCCGAGGCCUGGGCGUUUACAGUCGGCGCAAGCGGGCGCUUGGCUUUGCGGAUGGGCCGCUCCGUCUGUCCGGGCUGGAAGCGCGCUGGUGGGGCCUGGACACCGGCUGUGGCGGGGCCUUCCCGCACGCGGCGCUCUGUGCGCACCGAGGCCCUGCAGCUUUUCCCGCUUGCCAGCGCGAGCCCCCGCCCCGGGCCUCCCUGGGCCUCCCUGGGGCCGCCAGGGCGUUUGUGUCCUUGUCUGUCCCCCCGG